GACUAGAAUAUUUCUCAAAUAUGAUUCUUAUUAGGUUCUAAAAAGUUUGGUAAAUUGAGCUAGAUAUAUUAACAAGUAUAUUUUCCUAUAAUAUACAUAAUGCGGUGACUAGAUGACUGUAGCGUUUAGUUUUCAGUCAUCAGGUUACUGUUUCAGACCCUUUCUUAUAUAUAUAUACUCAUAAAUCUUUUUUUGUGUUUUUCUUUAGCAUAUGAGCCCAGAUGACUGUUAUUUAAGCAGUGUUUGUGUUGAUCGUACAGUUAGUGAACAAUUAUUAAAUAAAGAUGAUCGUCCAAUGCUGCUACUUGAUCAGUUACGUGAAGAAUCAGCUAGAAUAUCACAAUUCACUCGAUUCGAAUUACGUUUUGUUGAAGAUCCCCCUACCGGUCCUAGCGUCUCCUUGUUUGUAGGUAAUCUUAAAGAAAACCUAUCACAACGAUUAUAUGAACGUGUAUUAUUAGACAAAUUAGGUGAAAAAUGUCGUUGGGAUUCAAUUGAAGUAAUAUAUUAUGAAAGUGGUUGCCUUGUUUUAAAUUAUCACUCAAGUGAAAAAGCUGAACAAGCUUAUGAAUUACUAAAUGUAUUUAGUGAACAAUUAUUAAAUAAAGAUGAUCGUCCAAUGCUGCUACUUGAUCAGUUACGUGAAGAAUCAGCUAGAAUAUCACAAUUCACUCGAUUCGAAUUACGUUUUGUUGAAGAUCCCCCUACCGGUCCUAGCGUCUCCUUGUUUGUAGGUAAUCUUAAAGAAAACCUAUCACAACGAUUAUAUGAACGUGUAUUAUUAGACAAAUUAGGUGAAAAAUGUCGUUGGGAUUCAAUUGAAGUAAUAUAUUAUGAAAGUGGUUGCCUUGUUUUAAAUUAUCACUCAAGUGAAAAAGCUGAACAAGCUUAUGAAUUACUAAAUUUACGUGAAGAAUCAGCUAGAAUAUCACAAUUCACUCGAUUCGAAUUACGUUUUGUUGAAGAUCCCCCUACCGGUCCUAGCGUCUCCUUGUUUGUAGGUAAUCUUAAAGAAAACCUAUCACAACGAUUAUAUGAACGUGUAUUAUUAGACAAAUUAGGUGAAAAAUGUCGUUGGGAUUCAAUUGAAGUAAUAUAUUAUGAAAGUGGUUGCCUUGUUUUAAAUUAUCACUCAAGUGAAAAAGCUGAACAAGCUUAUGAAUUACUAAAUGAAUCUAUAUUUAUGAAUAAACCACUAACUGCUCUACUUCUUCCAACAAUUCGCCCACAAAAUUUACCUAAAGGAAUUCAACCACUUUUAGUAUUUGUCAAUUUAAAAUCUGGCGGUUGUCAAGGUGUCGAUUUAAUUGUUGCUUUUCGUCGAUUACUCAAUCCAUUUCAGGUAUUUAACCUUGAUUAUGGUGGUCCUUUGCCUGGUCUAUAUUGCUUUCGUCAUUUAGCCUCAUAUAAGAUUCUUGUUUGUGGUGGAGAUGGUACAGUAGGAUGGACAUUGUCAUGCUUGGAUAUUGUUGGACAGGAUGCAGCAUGUAACGCUCCUCCUAUUGCUCCUCUUCCUCUUGGGACUGGUAAUGAUCUAUCUCGUGUUCUUCGAUGGGGUUCUGGUUAUUCAUCAGCUGAUGAUCCUCUAACUAUUUUAAAGGAUGUAGUUGCCGCUGAAGAAGUGAAGUUAGACCGAUGGACGUUGAUUGUUCGACCAGAAGAAGAUUUUAAAGAUGAAACAAAAUUAGCUUUAGAAUUGCAAACCAAUGCAUCGAAUACAAAUGAAGAUAAUUCAAUUAUGAUUAUUAUGAAUAAUUAUUUUGGCAUCGGUAUUGAUGCUGAUUUAUCAUUAGAUUUUCAUAAUGCACGUUCCGAGAAUCCAUCAAAAUUCAAUAGCCGUAUUCACAAUAAAGGUGUUUAUUUUAAAAUUGGUUUAAGAAAAAUAAUUAAUCGAACUAUCUGCAAAGAUUUACAUAAACAAAUUGUAGUUAUUGCUGAUGGGAAAAUUGUCAUAUUGCCACCAAUUGAAGGUUUAGUUGUAUUAAAUAUUCUUUCUUGGGGUGGUGGGGCUAAUCCAUGGAAUGUGGAAAAGCAUGAUGAUGAAUUUGUUAAACCUACACAUUAUGAUGGUCUACUUGAAGUUGUUGGUAUUUCUGGUGUAGUUCAUAUGGGACAAAUCUAUUCUGGUCUUGGCACUGGGAUUCGUCUUGCCCAAGCAGCACAUUUGAAAAUUUGGCUUAAAUCUGAGCUUCCUAUUCAUGUUGACGGCGAACCAUUUAUUCAUCCACCUGGUCAAAUUACUGUACUACGUUCCGCAUUGAGUGCGAAUAUGUUAAGAAAGGUUAAACGACCUAAACGAAGACCUGGUACAGAGGACUAUGGGUUGAAUCAAUUAUCAUCUACUACAGAUCAAUAUCAAAAGUCAACACAACAAUAUUCAACCAUCAGAUUACAUGAUUUCAAUUCAUCUGAUUAUUCAUCUUUAAAUGUGAUACAGAAUAUAAAGGAAGAUUUAAAGCUUCCUACAAAUAAGUUAAAUAUGAAUUCAUUCAUUUCUGAUACACCUACUUAUAGUAAACCAAUAAUUAAUUUAACAUCAAAACCAAUUUAUAAUAACGUUAAUAUACCAACCAAUACUUUACAGUCAUCAACAGUGUCUGUAGUACAUUCAAAUGAUGAUAACGACAAUAGUCAGCCAAUAGCUGAUGAUACUACUGCUGUUUAUCAUCAAGGAAGCCUUACAAACACUUUAAAUCAAUUAAGUUUAGGCAGUAAUAUUCGCAGUCAAGAAAUAUUAUCGUCUUCUUCUUCUGCCAAUCUUUCUUCAUCAUUAUUACGUAUAUGCUCAUACACAACACUAUCAGGUGAUGACAGUGUGUAA